AUGCAGGUGGAAAUCAUACCUGUGCUCUCGGAUAACUUUGCUUAUCUGCUCAUUGACACGACUACUCAUGUGGCAGCGGCAGUGGAUCCUGUAGAUGCCAAAAAAGUCUUUAUGCGAGCAAAAGAAUUGAAAGUAACCAUUUCCAUGAUCCUAACUACUCACUCGCAUUGGGAUCAUGCAGGUGGCAAUCAGGAGCUUGUGAACCUUAUUUCUACCCAUGACAACCGUCAAAUUCUAGUAUUUGGUGGACCAGGAAAUGCUGUAGAAGCUCAAACGCAGACAGUAACAACAGAAGAUAGUAUUACGCUUGGUACCCUGAAUGUCAAGGUUUAUUAUACUCCAUGCCAUACACGGGACCACGUGCUAUAUCAUUGCCAAGAUGCACUAUUUACAGGCGACACACUAUUUAUCGCGGGUUGCGGUCGAUUCUUUAGUGGAAGUCCAGACGAAAUGCAUUAUGCUCUUAACAAGGUGGUCGCAAAGCUGCCAAAAGAAACGAAGAUUUAUUGUGGUCACGAGUACACGGCAAGUAAUUUGCGCUUUGCAGUCCAUGUUGAGCCUCAGAACGAAGAAGUUAGAAAGAAGCUUGCGUGGGCAAUUGAAAAGACAAAAGCAGGUGAAGUGACAGUACCAUCGACAGUUGAGGAGGAAUUGGCGACAAAUCCUUUUAUGCGUGUAAUGGAAAGUAGUGUCCAAGACUUUGCAAAGGGUGAAAAGGACCCAGUUAAAGUCAUUGGUCUCAUUCGAGCUGCCAAAGAUUCCUUUGUUCUUGGCAAGUAA